AUGAGUCUCGUUCAACUGUCAAGUGUGCUAGGGCCCCACCAUGACGAGGGUCACAGUCUCUUGCCCCGGUUGGCAUAUACCAAAGGGGGUUCUACCGGGAACAUCGACCCUCUACCCAGCGCCCACCGCAAUGGCUUGAUUGCGGUCUUCAUCAUGGCCAUCCUUUCGUUUAUUGCCACCCUUGUCUUAAUCUCCUUCAUUACCUACCGAUUGGUGUUCUGGCGCAGUAACUAUCGACGAUACAUCGGUUACAACCAGUACAUCGUCCUUAUCUAUAACCUGGUGCUGGCUGAUUUGCAACAAUCACUUGCCUUCCUCAUCUGUCUCAAAUGGAUCGUCUCGGACAAGAUCGAGGCCUCCUCGACAGCCUGCUUUCUCCAGGGCUUCUGGCUUCAGAUCGGGGAUCCGUCCAGCGGGUUGUUUGUACUCGCUAUCGCGAUCCACACAUUCUUCCUCGUGACCAUGGGCCGUAAGAUCAGCCACCGGAUGUUCGUGAUCAGUGUCGUCAGCACCUGGGUAUUUGUUGCCAUUCUAGUUAUCAUUCCAAUUGGGUUAUAUGGGCGGUCGGUAUUCAUUCCGUCGGGUGCCUGGUGCUGGAUUAACGAAGAAUACGAGCCGAUUCGUCUGUGGACACACUAUCUUUGGAUUUUCCUGGCAGAGUUCGGAACCGUCUGCCUAUACGCUGUCAUGUGGUUCCAAUUGCGUCGUCGGAUCCAACAGUCUGCGAUUCUCGGACACAGCCACACGGAGAGCCUGAAGCGCCUCCGUCGUGUCAUCGGAUACAUGGUCAUAUAUCCGAUCGCGUAUAUCGUCUUGUCUCUACCCCUAGCCGCAGGGCGCAUGGCCACCGCGCAAGGGAAAACGCCGAGCCUAGUGUAUUUCUGCAUCGCUGGCGCCCUGAUCACCAGCUCAGGCCUGGUCGACGUGCUUCUGUACACGCUAACCCGGCGAAACCUCAUCCUGGAAUCAGAACCCAGCGACGACCGGAGCUACAACCAGUUCCCCAGCACACGGACCCGCAAAACGGACCAUUUCGCGACAUUCACCGCCGACCCCAGCUACAACCGGACGGAGAUCAGUGCGCUGCGCACGGUCCGCGGCGAAGAGCUGGACGAUACGGGAAUGCGGGACGGGUCGACGGACGGCAUCGUCCAGCCCAGCAGCAUCGAGAUGACUCCGAUGGGGAAAGUGUACCAGCACACGACCAUUGAGAUCACCAGCGAACCCGCAUACCCGUCGGAGGGAGAGCAUGUUUCCCAAUCGAGCCGGGACUCCCCGGGGGCUGCGGCCGGCCACGAGCCGCCAUUCCGAAUAUGGCGGAAAUGA